AGGGAAGAGGAAAGACAGGGAAGAAGGAGGUCUGUGUAAACUCCGCCUCCGGACUCGGAUCCUCUCGCAUUCCAGCCUCUCACGUUGAGGAUAGGGAGAGAGAGAAAAGGGGAGAAACAAGAAGGGCACACGAGGAAGAAGAAGAAGGAGAAGAAAAAGAAGAAGGGGCGCAGCGAAACGACCAUGGCAAUAUUCAAAACGUCUCAGUUUGAGAUAGUGUCCGAUCACAGCGCACCUCUAGUACCACCGUCGACCACGGCUCGGAGCAUGCAGUCGCACAAAAGACAGAUGAGUCCAGAUGAAUGAGGAGCUACCUGGGCCGUGGACAAAAUGAGGGUCAUCUUCAUCCAAAACGCCGGUUUCGUCGCAGCUUUCUCGCCUUUUAGAUGUGAGUCGGUGUCGAUGUUGGCAGCGUUUAGGACGACAGAUAAUGUGAACGAGCCAGAAUUAACCACAGAUAGAUCAUGUCAGUCAAUUGAGGAGUGAGGAGAUUAGCCACACCAAUUUUAGACUUUUUUUUAUUUUAUUUUAUUGGGAUAGAGCUUGCACAUUAUAGCCCUUAUCAUCUGUAAACUGAAAGUGGAUUCAGCUUCCGGCAUGCAGCCCGCUGCCGAAAUCUGAAUGCCUAUUAUAUAUUAUAUUAUUGACACUAGAUUUAAUUGAUAUCCAGUGAUAGGACUAUGUAUCAGGUUAUUAUAGACCGAUAAUUUCCUUUUUAGACUUUUUCGUGCUUAAUCCGUUAGUAGACUAAUUAUAUAGCGAUAAUAACAUGAAUAGGUAGAAAGAGACAUCUGUUGUUUUGAUCAAAGCCAAUUGAUCAAUCGAGACAAUCUGGAAAUGUUAGUUUCCACAUGUAAUAAUAUGACUGUUAGGCGACGCGUUAUUCAUUGUAAUUUAUUUAUUUAUUAUUACUAUUAUUAGGCCUAUAAGUAUUAUAUUAUCAAUUUGUUGUUAGUAGGUAGUUUGAAAUAUUUAACAGUGGGAAGGUUGUUUGAACACUUCCCUAGUGAGAUGGAAACAGCUUAUUUAUCGCCCCACCGGGGGGCAACCCGUCCCGAGGCCCAAAAAGGCCAAAACUCCGCGGGCAAGCCGGCGGGGGGUGACCUCUCCCCUCCACCUCAAGCUCCAGCUCUACCUGCCGGCAGCUCCCCUGAAGGAACCUCGCCGGCAAGCAGUGAUGGACGGAGGAACUCGGGCGUGAAGAAACACCACCACAAGCACAACCUGAAACACCGCUACGAGCUGCUGGAGACGCUGGGAAGAGGCACCUAUGGCAAAGUCAAGAAGGCGAUUGAGCGGCACUCCGGCAGAGAGGUGGCUAUCAAGUCCAUUCGGAAGGAGAAGAUCAAGGAUGAGCAGGACAUGGUUCACAUCCGCCGAGAGAUAGAGAUCAUGUCAUCCCUCCGCCACCCACACAUUAUCUCUAUAUAUGAAGUGUUUGAGAACAAGGACAAGAUUGUGAUCGUGAUGGAGUACGCCAGCAAGGGUGAACUAUAUGACUACAUCAGUGAGAGGCGGCGCCUGAGUGAGCGUGAGACGCGACACUUCUUCAGACAGAUAGUCUCCGCUGUGCACCACUGCCAUAAGAAUGGAGUGGUGCACAGGGAUCUGAAACUGGAAAAUGUGCUACUGGAUGAAAACUGUAACAUUAAGAUUGCUGACUUUGGGCUGUCCAACCUCUACCACAAGGACAAACUGCUGCAAACCUUCUGUGGCAGCCCACUCUACGCUUCACCAGAGAUUGUCAAUGGGAGACCUUACCAAGGCCCAGAGGUGGACAGCUGGGCGCUGGGGGUGCUGCUGUAUACCCUGGUCUACGGGACCAUGCCAUUCGAUGGGGGAGACCACAAGAACCUCAUUCGCCAGAUUAGCAACGGCGAAUACAAAGAGCCCACUCAGUCCUCAGAUGCCCGUGGACUGAUCCGCUGGAUGCUGAUGGUAAACCCUGAGCGCCGGGCCACAGUGGAGGACAUAGCCAAUCACUGGUGGGUAAACUGGGGCUGGAAGAACAGUGUGUGUGACUGUGAGACCCAACGCGACCAUGGAGGCUCACCCAUGCUAGCCCGCUUCAUCGACUGGCAGAACCGCACUGAGCCACGUGGUUCUGGAGCCAAACCUGCAGCUUUGCCCCAGCUGAUGCGCCAGAGGCCCAAAAAGUCCAAGAAGGAAAAUGUUGAGGCAGGGCAGACCAACUGCGGAGCAGAGGACAAACCAGGUCUGAAGAGACCCAAGGGCAUCCUGAAGACCAGAGUUACUGAAGAGCAGCAGUCUGCCAAUCUGGAAGAGGGGGAGUUGGGUCAGACAGCGCUGCCUCAACAAGCUGAAGGGGGAGAGGAGGCCUCAAGCCCAGACCAAGAGGAAGAGGAGCAGACCCUGAGUGGAGGUUCGCCAGCCAAGAUGGUGCCCUCUCUGCCCAAGAAAGGCAUCUUGAAGAACAACCAACAGCGGGAAUCAGGGUAUUACUCCUCCCCAGAGCGCAGCGAGUCCUCUGAGCUUUUAGGAGGUGCCAGUAUGUCUCUGCUAGCCACCUCCCCGCCCAAGAGAGUGAUGGGGAGAAAGGGAAUCUUGAAGCGGAACGGCAAGUACUCCACCUACAGUGGGCCUCCCUCAGCAGCAGCAGUAGCUAGUGUCCUUGGUGAGCCUCCUCCCUCGACUGACUCCGGUCUGUCCCGAAGCCAGAGUCGACCCUCCAGUAUCGUUGGGGAGGACAGUUCUGUCCUGUCCCUGUCACCCACCUCCCUCAGCGGGGCUGAAUGGCAUCCCUCCACUACCCACCUCCGCCCAAACAUCAGGGCAUGUGUCUCGGCUGAAAACCUGCUGCAGCUUGCCAACUUCAAGGGCUUCCAGGCAGCGCCGCCGCUCCAGGGACCCAAGUUCAGCCGUGGCCCCAAAACGAAAGGCUCCCCGGGGGACAAUGGCAGCUUCUCCUUGCUGGGGGACCUGGAGGACAUGACUCAGGUGUACCAGCAAGCCCUGGACAUCAGCAGCAACCUCACCUAACAGAUGGGCAGAGAGAGAAGAAGCAGAGGAAAUUGAACAGGACUGUGUGUGCAUGUGUGUGUACAGAGGUAUAUUGGUGGCAUUAACGACCAGUGUGUUACUGGGAUACAGCAACAUUUGGGUAGUUGUGGGUUUCAAAAUGGGGCUGAAAUCGAUGGAAAUGAUGUAUGUCUAUACACACACAUACACACACAGAUGAAUACACUUAGGUGCACUUCUCUGGCCAGAGGAAAUUCACUUAGGGUUUUGUGAACAGGAUAGAGAUGGAGCUGGCACAAGAGAAUGCCACCCAGUCUGCUUUCUCGGCCCGCCCAUAGACUUUGCUGUGUUCAACAUGUUUACAUAUUCAGCAAGAAGGCAAGUUAGAAUCACAAAUGCAGCAACCAGAAACUGGUUGGCUCUGCUUGUACACCACCCAUUUAGAGUUUGAGUUUACAAAAGCACCUUAAAACUCACACAGAGCACAUGCUUUUAUGAUCUUUACUUCCUUUAAAAAAAAAAAAAAGAAAUUAACCAGGGUCUUGUUCCAAAAUUAACUGACAUUGCUGAUUAUUUAUUAAUAUUUUCGUAGUUUCUAGUUUUAUGUGCAAAACUGGUGGGUGCUGGCUGUUACUGGAAGAGUCCAAAGCUCCUUGUCUCCAACUCUUUGUGUGGAACUGACAUAUAUAAUUAUGUUACUCAGUGAUGAGAAACGUAUAUAUACUCAGCAUUUAUAACUAUGUCUGCGCAUGUAAUACACGCAGGCAAUUAUAGCUUCAUAAAAGCGUAUGUCCUAUAUAUGUGUAUGAUACUAGAGGAUAUAUAGGAAGUGCCUUUUUUGAUUCAUAAUAAAAAAAAUUAUGUAUGUCAUUUCCUUAAAGUGGAAGGAAAGCCAGGCCAACCUGUCACCAGUUGUGCUUUUUAUGAUGUUAUUUGUGAAUGUGGAGAGACCCAGGGCCUUCAGUGCACAGCUGACUAGCUUACUUGUCAGGGUUCAAAGGCCAAUCUCAGAUAGUUAAGAUCAAACAGUUUCGUCUUCUCCCCCUGUUCCUUCCACAAGUACAUUCAUACACAGAUAUGCCGGGAUCUACAGGCAGCCUUGAAAAGACCUCCCCUGUGUUCUUUGUCAUAGUUCAGCUCAUAGUUCAGUUUGUCAGCAAUUUAGGUGGCUUGGUUGAACACAGAUUUGUUGGCAACACCAGAGGUCUGUAGGGGCUCACCUAGUGGUACAUUUAGUGAAGGGAGAUGGCGCAGACAAAACCUCACAGUCCUGGAAUGUGCCUGGCUCUCUUAACUUUGGUUGUUUCCAAUUUUCAAGGCUACCUGAUAAAGUAGUGAGAGAUUCAGUUUGGUUUUUUUACCAAAGACAUUUACUGUGGUUUCCACUGUCAGACUAGUUAGUAUUCUGCCCAAAGCUCUUCAAAAGAGCAGAGUAAGGAGGUUUGUUUAAACCUGCUGAUGACACAGCAAAUUCCACAGACAAUGGCUGGAGACAUGUUGGUGCUAGAGAUCUGUAUCAGCCCCGGCCCGACUCAGCACAGGUGGGAUCUGCGGUCCGUGCUCAGCCCUCCAGCUGUGUAUACUAGUACAUUAUGUCAACCAAGCACAAUUAGCCAGCUAUUGUUUUCAUUUGAGAGUAAAAGAGAGAGGCAGCGCGUUGUGAUUUAUAGCUAGAGGGGGGGAAAGGGUUAGGGUAAGGGUUUGUAAGUAUGAUGCAAGAAGGGUGCAGAGAUUAGAAAGGACUUUCCCGUGAAAUACAGGAAAGGUCAAGGAGUAAGAUUUAUUUUUGAAGGGAUUACAAUGUAGAAUAGUGAAAGUGAAGAAAGUGAGUAGAAAGGAUAGAUGGAAAGUGUUCUGUUUUAUACCAAAGAUGUGGUGAAGAGUUGACAUGAUUCAGAGGAAUGGAUAGGUCAGGGACUAAUGAGAGCCUUUUGGAUUUUUCUUUGACUUGGGAAUCCCCAUUGGUCAAUGAAAUCAUCCCCACAUUGGCUUCGCCUCACAUUUGUUUUAUUUUUCUUUCUCUUUUUGAGUUUUUAUGUGAAAUGCUGGAGGCUGUUGAUACAGCUUGUCUUGAGGGUCAGUGUGUGGCUUGCGUGCUCGGUAUGGCCUUAGACAGUGUGUAACACUUUUCAACAGCAAUGAAAAAACAGGGGGAAUGGUGACUGACAUCAUACAAAAUAUCAAAUGAUGUGGAUGGAAAACCACGCAGCAGAUGACCCCAAGGAAAUAGAUCACACGUUGAAUGUUUUCAGUGGUCCGCUUGUGUGAAGGAGAGGUCUUGGGUAUUGAUUUAAAUGAAUGACCCGCUGCGUAUUAUAUUGCAUUUUAUUGCCUUUUGUAUUGCAUUUUAUUGUCAACUGGAUUUACAGUGAGAAAAUUAUACUAUGUUAGUAUUUUGUUUUAUCGUGCUUCUGUUUUUGAUUUUCCAAAAUAUAAGAAACUUUAUAUUGCUUUAUGUUAUGGCAGAAAAAUACUUCCUUCCUCGAAGUAUUAAAUUAUCUCUCUAAAAAAUGACAAAUCUGAUGUGACAUUGGUGUAGUCUCAGCUUUCCUCUCUUUUGGUAUACCUGUGUGCCAUCAAAAUCUACCAAAUGGCAAAAAUUAAGUCUUGUACACUAAAAUCUUUAUUGGAAUAAAGUAAAAUACAAUGAUCUUUACUUAGAUAUAAACAGCUGACUCUAAGAUAAUUGUCUUUCCACCUUUACCAAAGCAGGGGAUUCCAAAAUGCUGGAACGACAUCAGGAGAAAAGGAAAUAAAGCAAUGGAAAGAAUCUGAUGAUGAAACUUUAACUCUGCCAAACUGGAAAUAACUGGUGCAUAUCUGUUAGUUAGCAGAAAGUCUAAUCAUAGGAAAACUUGACUGGAUAUUGUUAUGACAAUAAUAAUAAAUUAGUAUUAUUAUGUUAUUUAAGUAUUAUUUUUGUUAUGGCUCAUUACUAUUGUUGGCUAUGGCCAAAGUUUUGGUUUGUUUUUGUUUUUGUCUGUUGGUGAUCCUGGACUGCCAAGGUAGAUUAAGUUGCGUGCCUUUGGUAUCUUUUAUGAACUUUUUUUUUUUUUGAUAAUGAAAAUUAUUAUCAAUGUGUUUUUAUACUUGUAUUUAUUGGUGAUCAAGCCAUUUAAUUUGUUGUCAAAGUACUCCAUAUUCACGCUUUGGCCUGCUUUGAACUGUGUGUUAUGUUUUGAGGACGAACUGCACACAAAAAUAUAAUAAUUGUUCGAUCAAAAUAGGGUGGUAUCAUCUCAUUGUGAAGGCAUUGGUCAAGUGUGUCUUUUAUAAGAAUAGCAAAUCAAUAAGAGUUCCUCAAAUCCUGUAAAAUGUCUUAAUUCAUCCAUUCGGGUGUAUUUCUACUCAACAUGAUGCCUCUGUAGUACUGUAUCAACUCAAAUAAAUGGAUCUUGAAAGAUA